AUGCUACCCGCAUUAAGUGCCAUCUUUAUGCUUACGCUAAGCUAUGCGAAUGGAUUCGCAACGUUACCGACGGAGCUGGAUCGUCCACAGCGGUGCCAUCUCGAGCGGACCUACAAAAUGAUCGGCUACAAUUGUGCCAACCUGAACCUGAAGGAGAUCCCGCAGCAGCUAAAGUCUAAUCUCGAGAUAUUGGAUCUUAGCUUCAAUCGUAUCCGGGAUUUAAGCCGCUCGUCGUUUUCCCGCUACACCGCCGUAAAGUAUUUGUAUUUGUUCGAGAACAUGAUACAGAACAUUGACGAAGGUACCUUCAGCGAGCUGACGAGUCUGGAGGCACUGGAUCUGUCGUAUAACGCCAUGAAAAGUAUACCUCUGGAGAUAUUUCAACUACCGGUACUGCGGAACCUAUACGUUGGCCAUAACGCACUACUCGAGCUGGAAAAUGAUUUAACUUUGCUUCAAAAACCCAUCAAGGCACCAUUGCAGAUACUCGGACUGCCUGAUUGCCGAUUACGGCGCUUGCCAGACUUUGGAAUUCUGCCCGAUCUGUGGCAGCUCAACAUUUCCUCCAAUUCAAUGCAAGACCUCUCGCUGGAACAGUUCGCACCCAUGUGUAAUCUAAAAUCGGUCGAUCUCAACAACACCCAAAUUCCCACCUGUCCGUGCCAGUUAGUAACGGCGGAGCUGGUCCAACGGGGGACGAAAGUGAUGCAUCCCCCAUUGCACUGCAUACCACUAACGAUUCAAGGCGAAACGUGA